AUUUUUUUAUUUAUACUUUAUGAUAAAAAGUAUAUUAAUAAUAAAUCAAGAGAGUAAAGAUUGAUUUGAAUCUUGUAAUGAGGAAAAGGAUUGUAUGGGGGCAAACAUUAUUUACAAUGGGAAGUGUUCCAGUAUACACAUAACAAAUAUCGAUGCGCGGGGAGGAUGGAGGAUUGCCGGCGCCUGGAGUCAACCUUGAAAGUCUGCUUUAGCAAAAUGGGGGAGAGAUUUAUUGUUUUGGCCUUAGCGUAGCGUCGUUCGUUGGGGAAGGAAUCUGCAAAGUGGGUCAGCUGGUUUUUGGAUGCGGAAGGAGUGGAGCCGUCUCCGGCGGGGGCGAAGUGCCAACAAAAGCGAUGAAACGAUCGCAGAAGGAAUGGACUAAAUCCUGAACAUCUGCACCACUGCAACCGACAUGAUCCGUCAGCCGACGACUUUGGCCGUCUUCGUCCUUUGCACGUUCACCAGCCUCCUCACAUCCUCCACCCACUCCAUAUACAUGGACGAAGAGGAUCACGACGUCCAACAAAUAAUCACGCCACUCAAUCUGUCCAUCGACUACGAUGAAUUCAACGAGACGACGACGAUGAUCAGCGAAUGGGAGCUGCUGAUCAAAGAGAGAGGACCGAAGCAGCUUCCGCUCGACGUCGCCAUCCCUUUCACCAUCCUCAACGUCCUCCUCUUCAUCUCCGGUCUUCUGGGCAACAUCGCCGUCUGCAUCGUCAUCAAGAGACAUUCCAACAUGCACACCGCUACCAACUACUAUCUCUUCAGUCUGGCCGUCUCCGAUCUCACCCUGCUCGUCUUCGGUGUUCCUAAUGACGUCGCCGUUUACUGGCAUCAGUACCCUUGGGCUUUGGGAGAAUUCUGCUGUAAGCUGAGAGCACUCCUUUCCGAAAUCGCGACGUCAAUUUGCAGGGCUUCUUACGUUUCGGUGCUGACGAUCGUAGCCUUCUCCACCGAACGAUACCUGUCCAUAUGUUAUCCUCUGUAUCUGUACACGAUGUCGGGACUGCAGAGGGCGAAACGGAUCAUCUUCUGCUUGUGGUUGGUGUCUUUCGUGUUCGCCUUGCCCUUCGCCAUCUUCACCAACAUCCACUACAUAGAGUAUCCGAUAGGAAGCGGGAUCCAUCUGGAGGAGAGCGGCGUCUGCGCGAUGCUUCAUCAACCGGAGUACCUUCCUCUAGCCGAGCUCAGCACGCUCAUCUUCUUCGUCAUUCCGCUGCUGGUGAUGCUCUACCAAUACACGAGGAUGGGCAUGAAGAUCUCCAACAGAUCGCAUCUGGCUUUGGGACAGAAUUCGACCGUUCAUCGGGACAGCAGACGAUCGCACACCAAUCAAACGGUCAUCUGGAUGUUAGCGGCCGUCGUCUUUUGCUUCUUCCUCUGUUGGGCUCCGUUCCACGCGCAACGCUUGAUCUACAUGUACGCAAAUCAAUCGCCCUACUUCUACAAGCUGAACGAGUGGAUGUUCUACAUCACCGGAAUCCUUUACUACCUAUCUUCUACGCUCAAUCCCAUCCUGUACAACGUUAUGUCCAACAAGUACAGAACCGCAUUCAGGGAGAUCCUCUGCGGAGCGAAACGUACAAACGGCAGCACGCUAGUAAGGAACUCGACGAUGCGCGAAACCACCAGGUUUCCGUCGCACUCAAAUUCCGAGCGAACGGACACCAGGUGCGCACAAAACGAAGAAGAGAGCAUGUACCUGGUUCACCAACAGAAGGAGGUGAUACGCGUCUCAAGUCCGAAAGGAAAAACCAGCCUCCUCUACGAGCUCAACUACUGCGACCUAAAACCCAACAGCGAGACGUGCAUCUGAUCAGUCUUAUCCACACGGCGUUCAUUAUUACCAAUAAGUUGAUGAGAUAUUGAUUGUUUGUUUGCAUUAUUAUUUUUUUAUGUGUAUAUAUUAUAUAACACUAUGUGAUACUUUAUUUACAAAUAAACAUUGCGUUUUCGAAACUCCAAUAAACGUUCAU